AAUACAAUAUAACUCUAAUUAUUUGAUUUAGGGUUCUUGGUCAAUCCAAAGAUCAAAAUCUGUGAUUAACAAAGUUUGAAUUUUUCACAUUUGUUCUUCUGUCGGUAGAAGAUGGCGUCAUUCUUUCCGGAUGAGAUUCUAGAAAACGUUCUUUGUCGGUUGCCUGUUAAGUCUCUGCUCCGUUUAAGGUGCGUUUCUAAAUCUUGGCUUUCUCUGAUUAGUAGCUCUCGUUUCGUCAAAUUGCAUCUGAACAGAUCAGUCCAAACCAAGAGCAACCUUAGCCUAUUCCUGACAACCGGCCGCGAAUUCUUUCGGUGGAAUUUGUAUUCCCUCGACCGCGAUCUUCGCCCGACGGAUGAGGUCGUAAACCACCCGAUCGAUAGCCAUCCGUUUAGGUGUAAGUGCUAUACAAUCGGCUCUUGUGACGGAUUGAUCUGCUUGUCAAAGGCCUUUGAUGAUGAUUCUGUCUAUUUAUGGAAUCCAUCAACAAAGAAAAUUAUAAAACUGCCUGAGUCACUGUCUAGCAAAGGCUACUAUGAUUGUUGUUAUGGAUUUGGUUACGAUAAUACUAAUGACGAUUACAAAGUGGUGAGAACUCGUUUGGAUAGAGAUGAUCAAGGAGACAUCAUUGAUUACCAUAUUCAGGUUUAUAGUUUGAGAUCCAAUUCGUGGCAUAUGCCAGAGAAGUUUCAUCACUGUCCAACUUAUCAAGAAAAAUUUGCCAUAGCUUGUGGAGCUCUGCACUGGACUUCAGAAAACAUAGAAGAUGAAAAGGAAAAUUGGAUUGUUGCAUUUGAUCUCGGGACAGAGAAAUACCGAGUAAUUCCACAGCCUGAGUACAGUGGUUCUAUUUGCUAUACAAGUUUGAAUAAUUUUGAAGGAUGCUUAUCAUUAUCUUGUAAUUACUACCCAAAUGAUGUUGUGGUUGUUUGGUUGCUAAAUAAAUAUGGUGAGAAAAAUGAAUAUUGGUCGAAAUUGAUUUCAUUUACACAUACAGAAGAGAUGGAUUACCCAGAUUCUAUAAAACCUGUUGCUUAUUCAAAAAGUGGUAAGAAAAUACUGUUGGAGAUGGAUGAUAAGAACCUUGUUUGGUAUAACUUAGAACAAGAGUCAGUUGAAGAUAUUGUGUUACAUGAUUUGGGACCUUUUUUUGAUGUCUACUCUUGCUUGGAAAGUCUAGUCUCCGUCGAUGUUACAGGCACAUCAGCUGAAGCUAUAACCAAUGCUAAGGAGAAUUGAAGAAGAAGAAAGAAAAGAAAU